CGGUGGCGCUCCGGGAGCCCUUUCCCCGCAGGGCUGAGGCAGCGGCGGCCGGGCCUGGCUCGGCUCUCCACCUGCCCCUCAGCGGUGCGGAGCUUGAGGGGACGCGGGGGGUUUGCUGCCUGCCUGCCUGCCCGCGGCCGGGUCUGUCUAGCGCCGGGUAGUCAGCAGUGCUCCUCUCGCACCGGCCUCAGGCUCCCCAUGCCUGCCCAACCGUCUUCUUUCUGUUUAUUUUCUACAGCAGAUUGUUCGGCUUCCACAUCACUGGUGCCUCCUGUAACAAAUAUUUGUGGCUUAUUAAUCAGCUAACUGGUACAGGUAACUCGGGUAGUACGUGGAUCCAGACGGUUGCAAUUCUACUGAGGACUGGCAGUUAUUUCUGGUUUGAAGAAAAAGUGACGUUGACUCAAAAUGAGUGCAAUGUUGGAAACCCCUGAGCUGCCGGCGGUGUUUGAUGGGGUGAAGCUAGCUGCAGUUGCUGCUGUUCUGUAUGUUAUUGUUCGCUGCUUGAAUUUAAAAAGCCCAACUGCCCCUCCUGAACUCAUUUACCAGGACUCUGCUUUGGCCCGCUUUCUACUCAAAUCCUGCCCACUUUUGACCAAAGAGUACAUUCCACCUCUGAUUUGGGGAAAGAGCGGACAUAUCCAGACUGCUCUUUACGGAAAAAUGGGGAGAGUGAGAUCACCGCAUCCGUAUGGACUUCGCAAGUACCUCACGAUGCCAGAUGGAGCAACAGCCACCUUUGAUCUCUUUGAGCCGCAGUCAGAGCACUGCAUUGGAGAGGAUGUCACAAUGGUAAUCUGCCCUGGGAUUGCUAACCACAGUGAAAAGCAGUAUAUCCGCACUUUUGUUGACUAUGCCCAAAAAAAUGGGUACAGAUGUGCUGUCCUGAAUCACUUGGGAGCCUUACCAAAUAUUGAGCUCACUUCUGCACGGAUGUUCACAUAUGGUUGCACCUGGGAAUUUUGUGCCAUGGUUAAUUACAUCAAGAAGACCUACCCUCAGACCCAGCUCGUUGUUGUGGGCUUCAGCCUGGGUGGAAACAUUGUGUGUAAAUACCUGGGAGAGAGCCAGGCCAACCAGGAGCGAGUUCUGUGCUGUGUCAGCGUGUGCCAGGGGUACAGUGCACUGAGGGCACAGGAAACCUUCAUGCAGUGGGAUCAAUGUAGAAGAUUUUAUAACUUCCUCAUGGCAGACAACAUGAAGAAAAUCAUCCUUUCUCACAGGCAAGUUCUUUUUGGAGAUAACAACAUGAAGAAGCCACAAAGCUUGUCAGAUGCUGAUCUGAGCAAACUCUAUACAGCAACAUCCCUUAUGCAGAUUGAUGAUAACGUUAUGAGGAAGUUCCAUGGCUACAGUUCCCUGAAGGAAUACUAUGAAGAAGAAAGCUGCCUGCAUUACUUGCACAGAAUCUAUGUUCCUCUUCUGUUGGUUAAUGCUGCUGAUGACCCUCUUGUGCAUGAGAGUCUUCUAUCAAUUCCAAGAGCUCUUUCAGAGAAAAGAGAAAACGUCAUGCAUGUGCUGCCCCUUCAUGGAGGCCACCUGGGAUUUUUUGAGGGGUCUGUACUAUUCCCAGAACCUCUUACCUGGAUGGAUAAGCUUGUGGUACAGUAUGCCAAUGCCAUCUGCCAGUGGGAGAAGACAAAGUCUCACUGCUCAGACACAGAGCAGGCUGUAUCUGGCCAGGAGUAAUUGACCCAAAGACUCUGGAUCAUGUCAAUAUAUCUCACUCUUUGGGAACAUCUUGUUUCCUCACCUGCUGCUUCAGGUUUCCAUUCUCCUUGAUAUCCUAUGGCUGGGGUUUGAUCACAAUGUUUUCUUCUGAAGUGGAGUUAAAGCAGAGGUUUAAUAUCUGGUUAGAGCAUCUUUGCAUAUAUAGUCACUUGAGUUUGUAAUUUACUGGUCUGCUUGAAGAGUUAAGUUGCUGACUCUGACUUUUUACAGGGUUAUUGAGCUAAAGUCUGCUUGCUUUAAUAUAGCAGAAGUUUCAAAUGUCAAAAUCCCUUCACCUGCUGGUCAAAAACUUGAUCUGCAACACUUGUUUAGAUGUAGAUGACUCUCUUUUCCUCUGUCCUUGUGCUGGAAAACCCUGUACCAAGCCACAAGCCAGUGAAUGGUUCAGUCUGUAAGCCACUAAAAUGUGGCUUGGAAAAACAAUGUUUGACUGCAAGUAGAGUUCCAGCCUUGCACCAUUUCAAGGGAGCCUUUUACUUCCUAGGAAUGCACUUACACAGGUCAAUCAGUUUAAAAAUACUGAACUCUUCUGUGCUUCAGCUAUCUGUGGAUUGGGGUGUCUUUUUAUGCUGGGACUCCAGGUAGAGAAAAGCUGCAGGCUGGUAAUACUAGUUAAUGUUUUUAUGUAGACAUGUUCUCGCACCAAGACCAGAUCAGUCGCCUUCUUUUCAUCUUUGCCUCUCUUUAAACGUAGUCAUCUUUAGUAGUGGAUUUUUUUGUUUAACCCAGGGCUUUUUAAAGCUGGCUCUGGCUUCUUCAUGGAAAUCAGUGAUUAAGAGUCUGUAGGAUCUUUCUGUGAGCUCAAUCUGUUUAAGAAUAUUGCGUAGACAAUUAUGUACUCUUAGGGAUUAACUUGUCAGUGGGAUGGGGGAAAGGUAUCUGCUUAGAUUUAUUUUCCUUAUAUUAGGGUAAAUAAUACCAAAUUUCCUCCCCUUAGCUUUCAAAGCAUCAAAUGUUUUUCAGACACAAGACUUGCCUUAUGUUUGUUGGGGAACUGGUUGUCUCUAGCCCUGUACAACUAAAAUUAUGUCUUUGCAUGGCGCACUACAUCCAUAUCUAUGUAAAUACUGUAGGAUUACUGGCUUCAGUAAGACACUGGGCUCUUCCUCACUUGAAUUCCUUUUCCACACACAGACAUCCUCUUCUAGUUUUAAUGUGUGAAGUGUGAAAGCAGUUUGCAGGAAAGAUGCCUACUCACUUGUGCUUUUCCCUCAAGUGGCUGUAAUGGUCUGUGCCAAGAUUGUUAUUAAAGAUUCUAGUCUGUCCCCUGGAAGGAAGGUUGUCUCAUGACAAUCUGGAGACUGAAACUUUGUGGUCAGAAUCUUUUUUUUACUGUUUGUUCUGUCAAUAUUGUAGUCUCAUUAGUCCAUUCUUACAACUUCUUUAUCACAGUGGCAGUGAAGUUCUUUUCCUGUCACACUUCAAUUAGCACUUUAUUGCUUCAGCCUUGGUCUGUGUUCCAGGCACUUUAGUUUAUAGCUUAAGGGUGAAACAAGCUGCAAGACUUCAGUCUGGUAAUAUAGGGGAGCAAGCCUUCUGGACUGCCCUGUCCCUGAACUUCAGUAGGUUGGAGAGAUGGGUUUUUGUUUUAAUAAAGCAAUAAUUACUAUUGUAGCAAAGGUGCAUUAUCAUAUCAGGAAAUUCCUUUAAUUUGCCUUAGGCCAGACACCUUGGCCUGUUAGAAUGAACUGUGGAUGUCUGCAUGUUCUCCUUGUUAAUAAAUCCAAGUUUCCUUUUUUUCAUCAAAGAUGUGACCAAGUAAAGCUAUAGCAAGACUUGGCCAUGCUUGUGGCUGUUCCUUAAGAAUUACUUUAGGGCAUCAGUUAGCAAGGAUAUUCUUAGCUGAUGGAUAUCUCAUCUUUAUGUUGUUAUCCUCUUAUUCAUACUGCAUCUGUAUAUCACUAAAAUAUGUCAUAAAAGACAUUUCAGACUUUGUUAAAGUAGCUGUUCAUGUAAUAUUAAUUGGAUAUGACUUAAAUAUCUUUUUGCUUCAACAGAAGUGGAGUGUAAACAAUGCUUGUACACAUCAAAUAGAUACAGUAUAAAUUUAGGUGUGUAGGGGAAUAUGGUUAUCAUCUCCAGUGGGCUACAACUUUAGAAGUCUUUCAGCUUUCAUAGUGUAUUAUAGCUGUAGCUUAGACAGGUCAUGGCUGUCUGCCUUAAAGAAACAAAACUGCCCUUCCCGUGCUUCACGUGUCCUUCCUCAAUCUAGCUUUACUGUGCUGAGUAUCAACUUCAGACAGCUCUCAAGGAACAGAAGCUGUCCUUAGUACCGAUAACUGCUGUUGAAGUGAAGAACCCAUCGUAUGACCAACAUGUGGAUAUCUAUGAAAGAAAGGUCAGUGUGCAUCUGACCUCCUUGGAGAGAAAAAUGUCUGCCUUCCUCAGCUUGAGAGCUUUAUCAAAAGUAGGGGCUCUCUGCCCAGCUCCCCCAGUGGCUGAAGCUCUGCUCCCUUCCCAGGACCCCAGGCUGGUGGAACAGUUCAGUUGUUGACUGGCCCAAAACAUGAAGUCAGAGUGAGAACUGGUUCAGCACUUUCUGGGAAGGUUAAUGCUGAGGCAAAGCAAGUAUUUUGCCUCUGCUUCUUGGCCAAGUCAUGCCAGUCCCUCUGAAAGCGGAGCUUUGUCCUGGGAAGCUUUUUCCUGGGAAAAAAAUUUUCCUCCUUCUGUUCUAUAAAGAUCAUUCUUGACAGACCAGCUUUUUUUGUUUCUGAGGUAUGAACAAGCUACCUUAUCGAACGUACCUUCAUUUCAAACUGAUUUCGCUACAGCAGAUGGCCAGUCAAUCAAUGACCAGUUUUUAAGCAUGUCUCCUAAAAUAAGGUGAGAAACUGGGCAAUUCUCAAAGCACCAGGAGCUGUAGCUUUGUCUAAUCAGAUUUUGCUUUAAAGUUGGAGGGUCUUUUCGAGGAAUACUCCUUCCUGCCCCGCAACCUAAGCCUUCAUACUUUAGAAGUGCUGAUGCUGUGGACUUUCUGAAAUUCUCAACUACAGAAGUAAUAUGAGUCUGUCUUUCUCCUUUGACCUGUUUUUGCACUUGCAUCUACAGCUGUUCAAAACACUUGACUUGACCAACUAAUUCCAGCCUGUUUAGGGAAGAAGAGCUUUUGUCAUGGCUUCUUUGUGCGAGGCUUCUAAAGCCUGAGGUUCAGUUUACUAAACCUGUAGGUAGGAGCAGGGGAAAAAAGCUCUUCUCCCCAUCCCACCCAAUUUUCUGCUUUCAAAGCAAGGCUCAUGGUGUCAGACUUGGAGCAGUAACUUAAAGGGAUCUUGGGAGAGUAGAAAGUUAAGCUGCAGUACACGUCAUCUGAAGGGAAUCCUGUAUCAAAUCCUGCUGCUGAUAGUAACUGGCAACUGAUACCUUGUGCCAGUGCCCCAGGAUGCAUGGGACUUUGUCCAAUCCUAAUCUGAAAUACUCUUCUUUCCCAAAAUAAGGCAGUAUCAGUCUUGUGAUGUGGGCAGAUGGUCUUCAUUUGCCCAGUGAACUCAACCUUAAAUGCAAUCUGAAUUUUUAAGUCUUAGAGAUGAAGUAAUCUUUUUCAUCCCUUCUCAAGACACGUGAGGUUGUUGAAGUAUGCACUUGUAGAUCAUUACAGUAUAGUCUGAUAGUGCAGUUCAAGAUUACAGCAUGAUGAAUCUGUCAUCUGCUCUGUUUAGUUUCAAACUGGGAUUAGAGAAAGCAUUAGCAGAGCUCUUCCACAGGUAGCCUCACCUGCUAUACUCACCUCCUUCCUGUCACUGGAUGUAAGUAGCACUUGAACAUAAACCCGAAAGACACUCUCGAUCAGCAAGUUUCACAACUAUUACUGUUUGAUGGUUAGGCUGGUCCAGCCAUCAUCUUUGGCAGAGUCUGGAGGGAUCUGAAGCUUGUAGGUGAGCAGCUGGGACUUGCUUUUACUGAACACAGGGAACUUGCAGCUUCUGCCAGCAUUUUUAAUGGUCUCUUUGCUAGCUUCUAAAUGGAAGGUGUUUUCAAAUGGGCCUGACAGUGUUGUAGUCACACUGUAAAGACAGACACUUGAAUUUCCCUGCAGUCCUUUCCUGAGUUUUUUUUCUGCAGUUCCUGUUUAUGAAGAUACAUGUUACAAAGACAGGGCAUUAAGCAAAGAACUACUAUCUCCAGUACUGAAUUUAGCCAAGCUACCUUUGUGUCAUCUGUCAUGGGUAUGUCAGAAGUUUCUAGACCACAGCCCUUUGACACGUGGUGCCUUGCCCUUUUUCUCCUCCCUUGACAUCAGCAUAUCUAGAGACUUCAGUAACAGCUCUGUCAGAGCUUUUGGGGCUUUGCUUUUUAGCAAAUGUAUUUUCAGACACUAGGUAGUGACUUCUCUGGCAACAUACACUGUACAGGUGUGCUGACUUAAAGGACCUUUGUGGGCAGCCUAUAACUAGCUACAAUAGAUUUUUAAGGCUUAAUAUAUGUAAGCAGUGGAUCUUUUUCAGCUCUCUGCUCCUCUAGCAGUAGGGAUUGGGUCAUAGGAGGAGGGUUUGCUUUCCUUAAUAUGCGAGUUGUUACCUUACAAUCCCAAAGUUAUGUCUAUUAACUCUUCAGUAGCAUAGCUGGAAGUAAAUUGCUGAUGUGACUACAUCUCAAGAGAAGGAGCAGAGUAGCAACUUCAGGAUUUAAUUGCCAAACAGUUUAGUCACCUGGAUUGCUUCCAAGUUUUUCUAGAAAUACUAUGUCUGUCCAGAGCUUACUGAAAUUCUUCACAGCCUUUUCCAGGAGACCAGAAAAGGCCCUAGCCUUGUGCUGCAUGUAUAUGUCAUUUGUUGUGAAGAGCAUCUUGUUUCUGGCUUGUCAUGCUCUACAUGUCCUUACUCCUUUGGUGGGUCUGUUGGUUGGGUAGGUCCUGGAGCCACAGUGUCUCAAAGCAGCAUCUUCUUCAUGGCUUCUAGGUGAAAAGCAAAUGGCUCUUCUUGGUGUGAGGACUUCGAGUUUUCUGAGCCACACUGGCCCAAGGAAGAGGUCUUUCUUUUAUCACUGGGAGUGUGUGUUACACUGACCUGGACUUUCUCAGCUGUUGGGGGAGCCUAGGUGUAACUGCCAUCAAUGAGUCAAAACAGUUGCCAGCUUUCCACGCGGUGGUGGAAGGGUUUCUAGGGUUGUCCUGAACCAUUGCAUUCUGAACAUCUGUAAUCUUGAGUUUGCUGGUUAAUCAAUGGACACAAACUGCAAUCCAGGGCAGCAUUUAUCAGGUUGGAUUUGCUAGUAUUGAACAUCCUUUUCCAAGUCUCUCUGACACUCUCCAAAAGCUCCAGCCCUGCACCUGCUAAAGGCCAUGUCUUUCCUUCUCACCCAACAGUCUUGCCUAACCCAGGUGGUUUUAAUGCCAGUAAGGAGCCUGAUCCCACAAGGUGGCUCUACACAAAGCCUUCUUGAUUCUGUCUGAAUGACAAGCUCACACUGUCUGCCUCUGCUCAUGCAAGAGUUCUGAUUAGAUACAGAAAUGUCUUCUAGGAUCUCCACCAUAGCUCUGCUGAGAUGCUGACCCUUCUAAUGGCUCCUGCUAAUUGUGAAGCUUUUUUAAAAAAAAAAAAAGCCAAACAAAACCCACUUGUACUUGA